UAACAAGUCACCUUUAUAAUUUCCGGGAAAUUUGAUUGUGUAACGAAAAAAUAAAAUACAGUAAUCUUUGCAAUAACCACAGACCAUAUCAACAAGAACACAUGUCGUUUUAAGAUAAAGAGAACUAAAUAUGGAGAGGAUAGUAGCUUUGGUAGAUAUGGAUUGUUUCUACGUACAAGUAGAACAAAGGCUUAACCCUAGUCUGAAGGGAAAACCGUGCGCUGUGGUACAGUACAAUCCAUGGAAAGGUGGCGGGAUUAUAGCAGUGAGUUAUGAGGCACGAAAUUUUGGUGUAACCAGACAGAUGAGAGGGGAUGAUGCUAAAGCUAAAUGUCCAGAUAUACAGUUGGUUAGGGUGCCGCUAGUUCGUGGGAAAGCUGACCUUACAAAGUAUCGUGAAGGAGGAGCAGAAGUUAUUGAAGUAUUAUCAAGGUUCAGUAACUGUGUAGAGAGAGCGAGUGUAGAUGAGGCAUACAUAGAUCUUACAGAGGAAGUAGAGAAAAGACUGUCCUCCCUCAGUCAAGAUAGAGUCACCAUUGAUAAACUCCCUAACACUCAUGUAGUAGGAUUCAAUAAGGAUAAAGAUGGGAGAGAUCUAUCAGACUGGCUUAGUGUAACAUUUGAUGAGGAGACUAUGGAUUGUUACAACAGACGUCUUGCUGUAGGUGCGGUAAUAGCUGAAGAAAUGAGGGCUGCGGUCUACAAUGAUACUGGAUUCCGAUGCUCUGCUGGCAUUGCUCAUAACAAGAUGUUAUCCAAGUUAGCUUGUGGAUUUCACAAACCAAAUAAACAAACAAUACUGCCUCAUAGUGAAGUUCCAAAACUGUAUUCCACUCUACCUAUAAGGAAAAUACGUAACCUAGGUGGAAAGAUGGGACAGUUAGUAAUGGAACACCUACAGGCAGAAAACAUGGGAGAUCUACUCAAGUUUUCAGAGAAGGCAUUGCAACAGUUACUUGGAGACAAGAAUGGAUCAUGGUUGUAUGAAGUGUGCCGAGGAUUUGAUCAUGAACCUGUGGCCGCCAGGCAAUUACCCAAGUCUAUCGGUUGUAGCAAAACCUUCACUGGAAAGAACUGCCUGAAUACACGAGAAAAGGUAAAGUUCUGGUUGUCAGAAUUAGCAAAAGAAGUCCAUGAAAGACUGGAAAAGGACAAAGAAAAUAAUAAACGUACAGCAAAGUCACUGACACUGUCAGUACGUUAUGAAAAUCAUCCUCGACCAGUGUCGGCAUCUAGAGUGUGUGCUCUCAUCAAGUAUGAUCCUGCAAAGUUUUCCAGUGAUGCCUUUACCCUUGUACAGCAGUUUAACACAAGUCCACCUCAUCAGGCUUCAUGGUGUCCCCCUAUCAUAUGCUUGGGACUGUCAGCAGGGAAGUUUCAUGAUGACUCAGCUGCAGGUGUCAAGAUUGGUGAAAUGUUUGCUAGGAAAGACCACACCAUCUCACUGACACAGUCUGAAAAUUUUGUGAACCAGUCACAGUUUGAUUUCGUGACAGAUAAUCAGUCUGAUGAAAGGGGAGGUAAGACAGUCAUAAAGAACAAGGACCAGUCUGUUAUUGAAGAGAGCUCUGCCAAGGAGGAAAAAAAAGGGUCUAUUAUGUCUUUUUUCUCUCAGAAAAUGAAUGAUAAAGUGGUAGGAGUCACAAGCACAUCACCAAUAUCAGAAGAUGCUAUGGAAAUGACCAAGGACUCGCAGCAAACUAGAAAAUCAAAUGACAACAGUUUAAAGUCUUUCUUUAAAAGAAAACAGUUGGAAAACCUAGCAAGUAUGAAAGUGAAAGCUGAAAUAAAUGAAGAACAUAAACAAACACCUAGCACAUCUAGCCCAAUUCAGAACAAUUCAUUCUUUAAACAGAAAAUGGAGAGUGUAAACAACCUGCAAAAGUAUCGAAGUAAUAUUACAGGAAAACAAAAUGUGGAAAUAGUUGUUGAUGAUGAAGAAGAAUCAACAGAUUUUGUAGAUGAUUCUGAUUCUGAAGUUGAAGAAAUUACAAGUAUGACUGUUGAGGGUAAUAAAUCUGAGGAAGUUAAAGUAGAUGAGGAAGAUAACAAAGCAAGUAGUUGUCAAGAAACAUACCUUGAGAAAGAUAAUUCAGAGAGGAGUAAGAAUUUAAGUACAUCCAGUUUUCCAGCAGAAGAUUUUAUGCAGUGUGAAAAGUGUGACAAGUUGAUAACUGUGUGGGAAAUGCCAGAACACAUGGAUUUUCACUUUGCUGUGGAAUUGCAGAAAAAUAUGAACACUGAAGAUAGAAAUAGUGCCGCAAAUCAAGUAAAGAGAAAAAGUAUUGGUGUGUCAGGUAAUGAAAGAACUAGUAAAAAGGUGAAACUUGACACUUCGCAGGGUAAGCUGGACACAUUCUUCACAAAACUUAGCUGAAAGUUCAAGUAUAUUCGUUCACAGAUAGCAGUUUACAAGUUCCUCAUGCACUUACAGUUUGGCAUGUGUAUCUUACAAAGAGAUACGAUAAUAGAAGUAUAAAAUGACAUCAAGUAAAAUAGAAUGCCUCAGUAGUGUAUUUUUAGAUCACUUGAGCAUGAACAUGGUGAGCUAUUUUGACCACACUGUGUGCGUUGUGCGUUUGUGUCUGCAUCCAUCUGUCUGUCAUCAACAAUUUCUUUUAACGACAUCUGCUUCAAAAGCAUGAAGUGGAUUUUGAUGAAACUUGGCUUGGAUGUUCUUUGGGUGGUGCUCUACCAAAGUUGUUCAAAAGAUUCUGCUUGGUUGUACACACAGGCCACCAGAGCUAAAAUAGAAAAAUCUUCAAACGAUAUCUCCACCUAAACUGCUGGUCCGAUUUUGAAAUAAUUUUACACAAAAUGGUCCUUGUGUGAACUUCUACAAAUAGUGUUCAAAUUAUUCUGAUUUUUAGCUCACCUUUUCUGCUCAAAGAUUUUGUGGUCAAAUCAAAGAAAAACCUUGUGAACACUAGAGGUCACAUUUUACAUCUGGUUUUCAUGAAACUUGGUCAUAAUAAUGUUUGCCUUGAUGUUUACUUGGAUGAGUUUGAAACAGGGUCAUCUAGUGUCAAAAACUAGGUCACCCAGUCAGAUCAAAGGAAAACCUUGUGAACACACUAAAAGCCACAUUUUAAGUCCAAUUUGUCAUGGGAACUUGUAAGAAUGUUUGUCUUGAUGAUAUCUCGGUCGAGUUCCGAACUGGGUCAUCUGGGGUCAAAAACUAGGUCACUCUUAAAUCAGUGAAGAACCUUGUGAACAGCUAGAGGUCACAUUUUAAGUCCAAUUGUUGUUAAAACAUGUCAUAAUGUUUCCAUGCAUAAUUUCUUGGUCAAGUUCAAAACUGGGUCAGCUUGGGUCAAAAACUAGGUCACCAGGUCAAAUCAUAUCAAAAGGUUUUGAAUCUUUUCAAGCAUGGAUUUGUUAUAUUGAAAACAAUAAAGUUUAUAUUUCAAUUAAUUUAUACUGUUUUAAAAAAUCUUUACAUUAGCAAGUACAGUGUUCAUUAUGUCUCCCCCAGGAGACAUAUUGUUUUUGCCCUGUCCGUCCGUCCGUCUGUCCGUCCGUAUGUCACACUUCAUUUCCGAGCAAUAACUGGAGAACCAUUUGACCUAGAACCUUCAAACUUCAUAGGGUUGUAGGGCUGCUGGAGUAGACGACCCCUAUUGUUUUUGGGGUCACUCCGUCAAAGGUCAAGGUCACAGGGGCCUGAACAUUGAAAACCAUUUCCGAUCAAUAACUAGAGAACCACUUGACCCAGAAUGUUGAAACUUCAUAGGAUGAUUGGUCAUGAAGAGUAGAUGACCCCUAUUGAUUUUGGGGUCACUCCGUUAAAGGUCAAGGUCACAGGGGCCUGAACAUUGAAAACCAUUUCCGAUCAAUAACUAGAGAACCACUUGACCCAGAAUGUUGAAACUUCAUAGGAUGAUUAAUCAUGAAGAGUAGAUGACCCCUAUUGAUUUUGGGGUCACUCCCUCAAAGGUCAAGGUCACAGGGGCCUGAACAUUGAAAACCAUUUCCGAUCAAUAACUAGAGAACCACUUGACCCAGAAUGUUGAAACUUCAUAGGAUGAUUGUACAUGCAGAGUAGAUGACCCCUAUUGAUUUUGGGGUCACUCCAUCAAAGGUCAAGGUCACAGGGGCCUGAACAUGGAAAACCAUUUCCAAUCAAUAACUAGAGAACCACAUGACCCAGAAUGUUGAAACUUCAUAGGAUGAUUGUACAUGCAAAAUAGAUGACCCCUAUUGAUUUUGGGGUCACUCCAUUAAAGGUCAAGGUCACAGGGGCCUGAACAUUGAAAACCAUUUCCAGUCAGUAACUUGAGAACCACUUGACCCAGAAUGUUGAAACUUAAUAGGAUGAUUGGUCAUGCAGAGUAGAUGACCCCUAACGAUUUUGGGGUCACUCUGUGAAAGGUUAAGGUCACAGGGGCCUGAACAUUGAAAACCAUUUCCGGUCAGUAACUUGAGAACCACUUGACCCAGAAUGAUGAAACUUCAUAGGAUGAUUGGUCAUGCAGAAUAGAUGACCCCUAACGAUUUUAGGGUCACUCUGUUAAAGGUCAAGGCCACAUGGGCCUGAACAUGGAAAACCAUUUCCAAUCAAUAACUUGAGAACCUCUCGACCCAUAAUGUUGAAACUUCAUAGGAUGAUUGUUCAUGCAGAGUAAAUGACCCCUAUUGUUUUUGGGGUCACUCUGUUAAAGGUCAAGGUCACAGGGGCCUGAACAUUGAUAACUAGUUCCGAUCAAUAACUUGAGAACCACUUGACCCAGAAUGUUGAAACUUCAUAGGAUGAUUGAACAUGCAGAGUAGAUGACCCCUAUUGAUUUUGGGGUCAGUCUAUUAAAGGUCAAGGUCACAGUGGCCUGUUCAUGUAAAAUCAUUUUUUGGAAAUAACUUGAGAACCACUUGACCUACAAUGUUGAAACUUAAUAGGAUGAUUGGACAUGCAGAGUAGAUGACCCCUAUUUAUUUUGAGGUCACUUGAUCAAAGGUCAAGGUCACAGUAGCCUGAACAGUGACUUGAGAACUACUAGGCCAAGAGUGUUGAAAUUUAGCGGGAUGACUGGACAUGCCAAGUAGAUGAUCCCUAUUGCAGCCAACCAUCAGUGUCUCUGUGACUUUCACUCCUGACCCCAAUUGACUUCUUGCCUAUAGGACUUUGCAUUGGGGGAGACAUGCGCUUUUUUACAAAAGCAUUUUCUAGUUUUUUUUUGUGUUCACCCUUCUUUUGAAAUACAGGUUCAUGUUGCUAUAAGGUCAAAAAAGGGUUUUGCAAGUAUUUUAUUUAUUGUAUGUAACUAUUUAUGACUAUAUUUAUUCAGCAACUAUUUAUUGUUAAUGAUCAUGUAGAUCUUAUGGAUAACAACACUUAUUGAUGUUUUACUAAAUCUACCUCACUUUUAUCAUGUAAUAUAUUUAGAAAUUAA